AUGGGAGGCUUCUAUAUGCAGUACCUCGAGAAUCGUGUGGCCUACCCCUGCAUUCUGUCAAUGGUGGUAAUGACAAGCGUCUCCCGGUUCCUGGUGACUCUUGACGAGUCGGGACGUGGCACUACAUCCAGUGAGCAACGCCAGCUUCUCGCUGCGGCUCUCCCGAGGAACGACAUGCAGGGCUCGCAAGGGGGGAAGCCUGUGGGAGUUGGGUUCGAAGACAGAUGGCACUACGUCGUUCAGAGAGACGCGCGUCUUUGCCGGCGACGUGGAUGGAACGACCCUUCCUACGAGUGUUACCGCGAUCACAGUGGCUACACUUGCUUGGUUCUGGUUAACGGACGGGAGUAUCAGACGGAUCUCGCGUAUCAAUCCGACUCAUUGGCCCAGGAGAACGCCGCUAUGCGUGCGUUCAUGGUCUGCCGCAACUUCUCCGUCAACGGCGGCAUGCUGGCCCGCAAUGGCAUUGUUCAGGGGCUUCCGGCCACUGAGCCUGCUCGCCGCUCCAAGAAGAGCCGCCACACAUCUUCCAGUCACAGCUCGCGAGACAGCCACCGUCGAUCUGGCCACCAUUCGAGCAGCAGCUCUACGGCCUCUUUCGACUAA